AUGGCCCGCUUUUCCUUUUUGUAUCCGUUGUAUCUCUGCCUUGUGCCGUGGUGUGGCGCCGAAACAAGGACGUAUGAGUUCACGCUAGGCGAGGCUUACGUAGCGCAAGACGGCACCUACAAGGCCAUCAAAACCAUCAACGGCGCUUCUCCGGGCCCCACCAUCGAAGCGGACGAAAAUGACUGGAUUAGCGUCAAGGUCGUCAACCAUCUACAGGUCCCUGCAGCGGUCCAUUUCCACGGCAUUCUUCAGCGGGGCACCCCGUGGCUGGACGGCGUGCCGGGAAUUACACAGCGCCCCAUAGCCAGCGGAAGCUCGUAUACUUAUUUUUUCCAGGCGAAAGACCAGUGCGGUGCCUUCUGGUACCACUCGCAUUACCGGGGCUACCUGUCAGAUGGGCUAUAUGGGCUCAUCUACAUCAGGCCCGCCGCCCAGCGCCAGCGGCCGUAUGCGCUGGUCACAAAGUCGGCCGGCGAACUCCAGGCCAUUGCCGAACUCGAGAAACACCCAGCCAGCCUCAUUGCGGACGACUCGUUCCACGUGUCCACCGACACCUUGUUCCUCCGCAUGUUCCAGCACGGGAUCGACCCGCUUUGCAUCCAGAGCAUUGUGGUCAACGGCCAGGGCCGCGUCGUGUGCCACCAGCCCCGCCUGUUCCGGCGCUUGGCGGCCAAGAACCCGUUCCUCAUGCAGAUCCCGGAGUUCGACUCUCUCGGGUGUGUCAAGGACCCGGCCCUCCGCAUGUUCGACGGCCUGCCCAUUGACCACGAGGGCCUCCAGGCCCCUGGGUUUUCGGGCCCGUGCCACGCCACCAGGUCCCCGGUGCAUGUACACUUCACUAACCACUCCCGGUGGCAGUACAUCAACGUGUUGAACCCCGGCGGCCAGAACACAAAGGCCUUCUCCAUCGACGACCACCCCUUUUUCCUAGUGGCAGUGGACGGGGUCUUUGUGCAUCCCAAACAGUACCACUCGCUCCUCAUACCCGUUGGAUCCAGAUGCACAGUUCUAGUCGAGACGGACCCGGACAAGCACGUGGAUGUCCUGCGGCCGUUUGCCAUCCGCUUUGCUGCGUCCCACACGCCACAGUAUAUCGAGGGCAUCGCGCUUCUUUUCUACGGGCACAGCAAUGAAGCCCAUGCGUCACUUGAGCUCGAUCAAGACUUCACGGCGUAUGCUCACGGCACAAAGUACCAGGACUUGGACGGCCAGCUUCUCUCGAGAACCGACAGGUCUGGCUGGCUGCACGAGACAGAGCCGUUCGAGACCUCCAGCUUGUUGACCGCCGCAGGGGCCGCGGACGUGACCUACAACUUCUUCCUCCGCAUGUUUGAUACCGUGCAGUUCACCAUGUUCGCCAGUCGGGCACAGCUCUCGCCGCACUUCGAAACGUCGAGGCCUUUGCUCGAUGUCUGGUACGACAGCCGGCUAGACGACCUACCUCCUGCGGACCAGAGCGCCAUUUUGCAUCCGCCGGCCCGCAUGGGUCAGACUGUGGAUUUGAUCAUCAACAACAACAAGCACAUCAACCACCCAAUCCAUCUCCACGGCCAUUACGUACAUCUUUUGAGCUAUAGUGUCCACGAAAACUUUCCCUUCUCGACACUCACGGACGCAAUCGAGGGAAACUGCUCCACCCUUAAUGUGAAGAACCCCCCGCUUUUGGACGUGGUCUUGAUACCGGUGGGGGGUCACGCUGUACUAAGAUUUGUGGCCGAUAACCCCGGCAUAUGGUUGCUUCAUUGCCACAAUAUCGGACACCUAAUGGGCGGCAUGGGCGCUAUCUUAUUGGAAGCGCUUGAAGAUAUACCUCAAAUGGCACCGCCGGAGGGUUAG